CCUCCCUCUACCGUUACUUCAUAACCAGACUAAACAAAAUCACAACCUUUCGCUGUCUUAUUUGGCAUCGUUUGCUGUAUAAAGCCACCUCUCCCUCUCACUCUUCUUCCAUCCUUCCUAUCUACAAAAAUUGGAAGACAAAAGAAAUCAAGAACAAAAGAAUUCAACAAUGGCUACAUCUUGGUGCUUCACAUUGGCCAUUUUCGUGGUCAUUCUCUUGGCAAGUCCUAAUGCUAGUUUGGCUACGAUGAAUGUUAUUGAUAAAUGCUGGAGAGGGAAUCCUCGUUGGCGGAAUCAACGGCAACAGCUGGCCACGUGCUCCGUUGGUUUCUCGGGCAAAAUGACUAACAACAUUGGCAAAGGUGUUAUACGCUAUAAGGUCACUGAUCCCUCUGAUGACCCCCUAAACCCGAAGCCAGGGACCCUUCGUCAUGGAGCCACCAUGAUCAAGGGAAAAGUAUGGAUUACUUUCAAAAGGAACAUGAACAUCACACUCCAGAGGCCACUUCUCAUUAGCAGCUUCACCGCCAUCGACGGCCGUGGCGUUAACGUUCAUGUUACUGGGGCAGGGUGUCUUCUGGUGUAUCAAGCAACGGAUGUGAUCAUCCAUGGGUUGCAUAUCCACCAUUGCAAGUCCCAGCCACCUAGCUCUGUGAUGGGUCCAGCUUCAAAGGUGAUACCGCUUGGUCAGAUGGAUGGGGAUGCGAUCCGAUUGGUCACAGCAAAGAAAGUGUGGAUAGAUCACAAUACGUUGUACGAUUGCCAAGAUGGUCUCCUUGAUGUCACUCGCGGUUCCAACGAUGUUACCAUCUCGAACAACUGGUUCAGAAAUCAGGACAAAGUUAUGCUUCUUGGUCAUGAUGACGGCUAUUUGAGAGACAGGAACAUGAAGGCCACUGUCAUCUUUAACCAUUUUGGACCUAAUUGCAACCAACGAAUGCCAAGAGUCCGCCACGGAUACGCGCAUGUGGCCAACAAUUUCUACCAAGGAUGGGAACAAUAUGCCAUUGGGGGAAGCAUGAGGCCCAGCAUUAAGAGUGAAGCCAACUAUUUCAUUGCUCCAAAACUGGGCAACAAGGAGGUAACAUGGAGACAAGGCAACUGGCAGGACAAAGCUUCAUGGAAAUUCUAUUCUGUGGGGGAUAUAUUCGAAAAUGGAGCGUCUUUCAGUAGUCAAACAGGUGUGGGUGGGGCGAAGCCUUUUUAUAACCAGGAACAGAAUUUUAAGGUUGCCGAUGCUAGAUCAGUUAGUGAAUUGACAAGGUCAUCAGGUGUUCUAAAAUGCUCCAGGACCUUGAGAUGCUAAGUCCAAUGAGGAAAAAGGCUGAACUAGUGCUACACAAUAAAUUCAUUAUUGUUCUAAUUAGUUUUUAUGAUGUUUGUGCGAGGGAGGCGGCAUACUGUAGUUGUCAACUACAUUACAAUCAACACGUCUCAUUGUUCUGGUUCUGCAAAUAGUGUAUCUUGACCGUAAGAACUAUUGAAUAUCCACUAUAAGCCUAAUAAGCUUUGGGCAGCGCUUAAUUUUCCACCUUUAAUUCUUCUUUCUACUUGAAUUUUUUUGAUUCCGGAGUUUCAUGUUAAUUUAAA